UAUGGGAUUUGUGUGGCAUAAAUUAUAUCUUUAUUAAAUCUUUUGUGCAGAGUUCAGGCACGAUGAACUAGUGACGACACUUUUCUCCUGAAAUGUCUCAUUUAUAACAUCACAAUAUUCAUCUGAUUAAACGGCUCUGCUUUUUUGAACUUUGCCUUGUUUGUUUGUUGUUGUUUUGUUGUGGUCUUCAAGAGUAUAGGUUAUGUUACUCGGCGUUUGUGUUAUUCCUUUUAAAUCACUGUUUACUUGGAACAAAAACUAAGUAGUUUAAAAAAAUGAUGAUUAAAUCACAUAUUUCAAAAUUUACUUAAAAUUGAUGUCCCUUUAUAUACAAAUGCAUCUAUAGGCAUAUUUAAAUUAUUUUUUAUCACAUUAAUGCGAUUUUGUAGGCUUUAUUAGAUAUUAAGCCUACUGUUAGUUCUAUGAAAUUUGUAUGAAUUAUUGCAACUUUAAUCCAUAGCUUAGAAAAUUAACUACAAUUCCUAUCAUUCUUAAAAAAUGCUUCUCUAUGAAGGAAAAUUAAGUCUCCUUUGUUUCCUAUCACCUACUCCACUUGCAGUCUUACUGAUAUUUUCAUAUUUGGAGAUUGAUGUAGUAUUUAUUGACAUUGAGGAAUCAGUUUGGUGGAUAUUACUUUCAUAUGUUGUAUUUAUCAACAUUAUAAUCCAUAUAUUACUCACUGAUUAUGCCUAUCAGAUUGCAGUGAGAGCAGCAUUUUUAGGUAGUGUAUUUACAAGUGGACUUCUGGCAGCAUGCUUCCUCCCAGACCCACUAACUAUUUUUGGCUGGUACAUGUGUGUGAUGGCUUUCUUCCACUAUUCGGAAUUCUUGACAAUAGCGAUAACAAAUCCAAGAUCUUUGAGUAUUGAUUCAUAUAUUUUGAAUCACAGUAAUGAAUAUAUCAUUGCUGCAAUUACAAGUUGGGUGGAGUUCUUUAUUGAAGUCUAUUUUUUCCCUGAAUUGAAGGAGAUGCGACUGGUGAGCUAUAUGGGCUUAUGCCUGUGUGUGGGAGGUGAGUGCAUGCGCAAGCUAGCCAUGCUGACUGCUCAGGGGAACUUCAACCAUGUGGUACAGAGUGUGCGACGCAGUGAUCAUGAACUGGUCACUCAUGGAGUCUACAGGAUCUGUAGACACCCUAGUUAUGUGGGCUGGUUCUACUGGUCCAUGGGCACUCAGAUGAUACUGGUGAAUCCGCUCUGUUUUGUGGCCUACAUUCUGGCGAGCUGGAAGUUCUUCAAUGAUAGGAUAACUGUGGAGGAGCUGACACUGCUCAACUUCUUCGGAGAGAAGUACUUGGAGUAUCAGGACAAGGUGGGGACAGGACUUCCUCUCAUCAGCGGUUAUAGGCUGGAGCAGUGAUCUCUCCUGGAGACAGCAGAGUCUGUCAAUCCAUCAGCUGACUGAACCUUACCUCACUGUCACAGCUGCAUGUUUGCUGGUAACACACGGAGGUGUAACUAAUAGCCAAUUAACAUAUGUGAUCUCCCCUGGAUUUUAAAUAGUGUUACAACUUGAUAGUUUAUUUUUUAAUAAUACGAUAAUAGGUUUAAGUUUUGGGCUCAGAUACUUAGUAACCACCGCAUUUUAAUUAAGUCUGAGCAAUUACUGCUUAUUACUAGUAAUUAUUGAUUAAAUCGAUUAUUUUUACAUUACCACCAUAGUUGUUGUAACAAUCAUUGCAUUAUCAACAGUAGAUGUUAAAAACAUUUGUAACUGUUGUAUACAAACUUGCAAGAUAUUAGAAGGGUAGUAUUUAAGUUUGCCCUUAUCAAAUUAUAUUUUAAUGUGAAGUACAUGAGCUAACUUGUAAUUUUACAAAACAAGCAAAUUGAUUAUUUUUCUUGGAAGUAUUUAUUAUAAUAUCCUCAAAUGGGUGUCAUUGAAGUAAAAAGGAAUAAACUAGUAUUGAGAUGUGUCUUCCAUAUAGGGUCAUUUAAUUUGUUUGUACAGCAAAACUAUAUAGAUAAGAUGAAUAAGUUAUAUUUCUUUGAUUUUAAGAAUUGGUAGAAGUUACCAGAGCGGAUGAUUUACAGUACAUCAUUACGUGAUUUUUUGGGUUGUAGCAUUUGGUGCUUCAAAGUUGGUUGGAAAUGAUGAUGUCACAUUUGUAGGACAAGAAGCAGGAAACUUCUGUGCACUUAAACCUAAAAAGUCAUUUAUGGUACGUCCUAGUGAUAAAAUAGUCUGGAUGAGUAGGCAGAAAGCAUUAGAGUUAUGUGGCAAUUGUGGUGCCAGCUCCUGCCUUGGCUAAAGAUAUGGUUAGUAUCAUUCUAUUCACUAUCAUUCGAAGUGGGAAAGGGCAGCAUGGUUCCUUUAGUUACAGAUGUUGUAUCGACUGUAGUCCUAAAAGAGACCAUCCACUUCAACCAUCAUCAUCCACAGCAAACUAGAUGACUCAUUUAAAAAUGGUGGGUAAAGGACCAACUUUAAAUAGAUCAGAUGAUACAUAUCAUACAAUGUCAUUGAUUCUUUACACUGUUAAGAUUGUUUACAUUCUUGAUUAUUGCAAACAGGUUUUAUUUAUAUUUCAAGGAAGUUCUUUCUAUACCAAUUUGAAUUAUUAUACAUAUUGUUUAAAGAGGAAAUUAUCUAAACCGUUUGCAAAUAUUUAUGAUCUUUACGGGAACUGAACCGUUGACCUCUCAGUAAGAGAACUGCAGUCUUAACUCUGUGAUUUUUUGAAGAGUGUGUGAUGUUUUAUUAUUUCUAGCAUUAUUAUAUUUAUGUACACUUAAAUUUUGAGACGUAGAACAGUCCUAAUCAGCUAUGUUACGUGAUUAACUUUUCAUUAUAUUCUGAUCUAUUGAAAGCAUGACCUUCACCAAUUUUAGAUGAGUAGUAUUGACCUGACAGUUUCUCAACAUCUCAGUUGAUUGAAAUGAAAUAUUAGUAGGAUAUCUGUUUGGUUGCCCAUUUGUGACAACAUCUAUUGCUGUAAUGUACCCAGUUUAAGUUCUGCUAGACAUGUCUGCUAUACCAGCCAGACUUGAUAUCUCUAGUAACGUGAUUCUUUAACGUUAAAAGCAAAACACAGUAUUGCUGAAGUACAUUGCAGCUUUUCUGACAGUUCCAAACUCUGUUAGGAAUGGUAUUCUUAUUAUUUUUUAAAACAUGGUAUGUAUUGUGGAUUUUUGUGGUUAUUUUUAUUGAAGAACAAAAGUAAUUACCAAUUAUAUUUUUAUCAAAUAACUGUGUACUGCUUUGUAGAGAUUGAGUAAAAUAAACUUGAUAUUGAUUGUGCGUUACGUAUUGAGAAAGACUGCACUAGAAUCUAAUGUAAAGAGCAUUCUUUAUGUACCAAUAUAGCCCAUGACGUUAUGCUUUAAAACAUAAUAAGAUUAAACAAUGUUUAUCAAUAAAUAUUAUCAACUAUUAAUUUAUUAUAAACUAUUCAUUUUUAAAUUACAUGAUUAUAAAAUGUAUUAGAUUAUUAAAAAUCAGGGGUUUACAUCUAAGCAAGAGCCUAUGUGUAGAAAAAUUGAUUAUAUUUACAUGAUUAUGUUGACUGUAGUAUAAAUAUUACGUGGGCUACUAUAUUUUUUAGUUUUAAAAAACAUGGUGGGGGAAGAAGUGGUCAAUUCAAUCAUGGCAAUUAAAGGCAAUAAAACAAUAUAUGAAGUAAACUGUCUUUCAAUUAAUAAUUUAGUUUUUGAAUAAGUUGAAUAAGAUUAUGAAAGGGACAAAGUGCAAAACUCUCUUCUAAAAUUAUUUAUAAUUAUCCAUAUCUACAAUGGUAGAGCAAAAUAAUGAUCCGUGAAAAAGUCUCAGAAUUUCUUAGAGAAACAAAUUAAUAAAAAUGCCAAGUUGUAGACAUUGUACAAUAUAUUUCAAAUAGUGUUUAUAAAUAUUCAAAGUCACAUAUAAGUUGGCAGGAUUUGACAAAGAUAAGGAUGCUACUUGUGACAAAGAGUUAAUCAAACCAAUGUUUUGACAUUGUUAUCUCAUGAAAAUAAAUAUAAAUAACAUUUGUUAGAUGUUUUAGAUGAUUACUGAUAAAGUUAAAAUAUUUUUGAAAACUUUAUAUUAAGAUAAAACACUUGUGGAGGAGUCACAAAAUUUAUCUAUAACACUGGGCAUUGAUAGGAUAAGAAGAUGUGAGUGAAAAAAUCUAGAAAAUAUACUAGUUCUAAACAAAAACAAAAUCAAAUGUUAUGAUUGGUUGUUAUUCAUUACAGUCACUUGAAAAAUUACAUUGCAAUUUACGAAGUCUAUAAAUGCACUGUAAUUUUAACACUGCUUUAUAACAGUAGGAAAAAUUAAAAAUGAUAACUUAAAGGUAUCAAAAUAAAUACAUUUUAAGAAAUCAUCUAUUUGAAGAUAGUAAUUACCUGCUGUUCUUGAAAAAAUUUAAACAACUGAUUAUCACAGUUCAUUAGAAGUACAGUAAAUAUGAAUAUUUGUGUUGUUAUCUAUCAGUAAAAUCUAAAAACUGCAAAAUAAACAUAAUAAAUUUUACUACACUGAAAACGAGAAUAAAAUAGGCAGUCUGUAUCUAGUGGUUCCAGGAGUUGGCAGUAGCCUAUUAUAGAAUAGUAGUACUACUAUGGCAAUGAUAUCCUUAUAUUAUAAUCUUUUAAAGUUUUCAGUAUAAUUUUGAACUUUUAUGAACAAAAUAGAUUUAUUCCUGUUAAAUCCCCCCCAUUCUUUUUUAGUAAGUUCAUUUUAGUAAUGAAAACCUAAGUUACAAGUACUAUAAUGUACUCAACUUAACUAAUGUUACCAAAUUGAGUACCUGAAAAAUGAUAUGAAAAAGCAGAUAAUUAAUAAAGUUAGGGGUAAAUCUGAGACUGACUAUUUGUAGUUUCUUAAGAAAGAAAUAUGAAUAUUUUAUAAUCUAUAAACUAGUGAUGGGUUGAAUCCCGAAUCUUCAACAUAGAUUCAGAUUCGAUAGUCGCAUACGUGGAGAUCCGCCGCAACAUUAACUAUUGGAUGAUCAAAAGUACACAAAUUGCUGAUUACAAAUUGUUUUUGCUGUACUUUGAGUUUUUAAAACCUUAAAUACAUAACCCGCUUAAAUAAUUUAGUAUUUUAUACAUUUAUGUCCGCAUAGCACUGUAGCGUUUAUUCUUGGACGACAGAGGAUCAGCAUUACGCAAAUAACUGAUUGCAAAAGCGUGUUUUUAUUGUACUUUGUGUUUAAAAACCCAUAAAUAAACAACCUAAUUAACACAUUAUCAUUUUGUAAAUGAUAUUUUGCUUGCAGGUAUUAUUUUCUACAUUUCCUAUUGUGUAUUGCUGCUAAUACAGUAAUAUGCAGAUUUCAGCAGCUAGUUUUUGUUUAUUUCACUAUUUUUUAGGUUGGAUUGGUUUGAACAUUUUAAGUUUAAAAUAAUUUUAAUAAAUUAUACAAUUAUAUUCCCAGAUUAAAAGCAUACAUUCUGGAAGCUCAUACUAUAAUCUAUCUAAUUAACAUUAUAUUUGAUAAGUUUAUUGUAUUUUUAGUUUUUAUAUGUCAUGUUAACCCUUAAGAUGCGCCAUAUGAAUAUGACUGUACCAUUGAAAUCGCUCUAAUUGUGGGAUAUGGACAUGUAUUUUUUUAUUGGCUGAGCAAAGCCCAUCACUCUUGGGACUGGAUAAAUUCAUUUCUGUCUGCCUGUCCAGACGAUAUUUUGAAAAUGAACUGAUCAAUAGACCUGGAAAUUUUGCAUGAAGUCUCAUUUAUAUAUUAGCAAUACUGAGUGAUGAUGGUGUAUGCCACUCCAUGGGAUUUGGCUGAGCAUGAGAGAAUAUCUUUACAUUGGUUUUAUGGGUACUGCCACGAUGACAAGAAAAAGCUAUUUUAAAAAAAAUGUGUAAAAACCCUGAAUCCAAUCAUUUGAGAUUCUUACAUGUGACUUUUAUUCAUAGUGUAAAAAGAAAAAGAGAGGAAAGCCAAUGUUAAAACUCGUCGAGCUUACCGGAACUUUUAUUGUUUGAACACUGCUAUGAAACAAUAAAAUUAACAAAAUGGGAAUUUGUGGCAAGAUAUCACAAGAAAGAUUUUAUUUAUUAACCUAAAAAUGUGUGUGAAACUUCAUUUCUAGAUACAAAAGAUUGUUUUCUAUGAUGGUGCACUUCCAAACCUGAAUUAGGCGGAGGGUUAUUGAAGUCUAUAAAUCUGUAGGCUGACAGUUUCUCUUUUUCCUGCCUGAAGGGAUGUAAAAAUUUCUGUCUACAGGACAUCUCGAGAGUGAACUGAGCCAUACAUUUGAAAGUUUGCAUGCAACCUCAGCGAAGCCUGUUUGACAUACUCCUACCUUGUUUUAGUUAAUAAAUUACAAUUCACAAAAGUGCAGUGAAUGUGUUAAAGUAAUUUAUGACCGUUGGGGUAAUGCAUUGUGUCGAUAAUAAAUUAAUAACCAUUGUUAUUAUUUAUGUUUCGUUUUCGUCCAGUCAUGCUUGGUGCUUCUUGUACAUUAUGAUGCUAUUUUGCUGUGACUGUUUGAAAUAUAUGUUGUCUUGGGUCUUCACCAGUCUCAACUGAGGUAUAUAUAUAUAUUUACAUGUUCCAAAAUUAGAAAAUAAAUUGAAAUUUAGCCACAAUCAAAACUUUUAAAAACCUUACAUGCAUGCUAAUUGUAUCCAGACCAAUCUUUUUUAGUUCUUCAAGGGUUAAAGAUGAUUGAUUUGUUAUUAAUUAAUAGUUAUACUUUUGAUCUAGCUCUGACUUUACAUUCUGAUCUUACAUUCAAUAUUAUUACUUUUAAGUUGUGUUUUCAACUAUAUUUAUGCUAUUAUGUUCAGUUAUGAUGGUUUUCAAUUAAUUUCUAUAUUUUUAACAAGAUUCUGAGAUUCAGUGGAAGAGAGGACUUCAUAGUUCAAGCUUGUUUAUCGUAUUAAUAUUAAGUUUAUGACAGUUAAAAAAUUAUGCAUUGAGAAAUAAACACUACACAUAAUGGAAUUGGAGAAAUUAUUAUAAAACAAUUUAACAAUUUUUAAUAUACUUUGGUAAACACAUUUUUUUAAAUUAAGUGAAAAAUAUCUUUCUUACGUAAUACACAAUUGUAGAAUUGGCGAGGUUAGGGCUACUUAGUCCCCUCUUACACUUAACCAUAACUAACUACCAAUAGAUAUUUAUAUACAAUAUAUGAUUUACCUUUUUAGAGUCAACUUUAUGUUAAGACAUCCAAAAAGUGUACCAAGAUUCUUUGUGAGUGUAAUAACAAAAUAUUUUUUAACAAUAAUUAAGAAAGAAGGUAUAUAUGUGAUUUUAAUUUGUAUGACAAGAAAAAUAUUGUUUAUGCUUGUACUUAUAUUAAAGUUAGCAAGUUUCUAAGAUAAUAAAUGAUUAACAUUUAUAACAA